GUGUAAGCCGCGUGGAGAUUGUUUGUGUGCAUAUAUUAGAUAGUUACGGAAGCUACAUACAAGUAUUUACUCAGGAUUCGCAUGGAAAAAGGCACAAUGAAGCGCAAGCAGAGGAGAUACAGAACGACAUUUAAUACGCUGCAGCUGCAGGAGCUGGAACGGGCCUUUCAGCGCACCCACUAUCCGGAUGUGUUCUUCCGCGAGGAGCUGGCCGUGCGUAUUGAUCUGACGGAGGCACGGGUGCAGGUCUGGUUUCAGAAUCGACGUGCCAAGUGGCGCAAGCAGGAGAAAGUGGGUGGCAUGGCUGGCGAUUAUAAAGAGGGGCUGGAUCUGGAUGAGCUCCAUGGCCAGAACGCCUAUGAUGACAGUGUGGUGCUGGGCCACCUGGACAGUGCUUUGGCUGGCAGUGGCACCUUACUGCCUGAUACACCGCCCCAGUCCUCUAAUUCGCUGGACAAUGAGCUGAAAGCGCCCUUCGGAACCGGCAAUUUGUCGCCUUCACGACUCUCGCCCAACAUUUUUCUCAAUCUGAACAUUGACCAUUUGGGUCUGGAGCGCGGGGGCAGCGGUCUAUCUAUGGAAUGGUCCACAUACCCGCCAUCCAGUUCGUUGUGCGCCACACCCGCCACGCAACAGGAGCAGCAGCAACAACAACAACAUCAGCACCACCAACACCAACAACAGCAAUUGAGCACGCAAAGCUCUUUGGAUGCCACACACCAGCAGCAACACCAACACCAACAGCAGCAGCACCAACAACAGCAGCAUGAUCUAUCCAGUGGGUUUAGUGCUUCGCUGGAUCUGGACAUGAACGAUGGCUCCUCCACGUACGACGAAAUGAAGUUUCUUAGCGUGGAUCAGUUCACGAUCGAUAGCUUCAAGGCGGACUGUAUAUUAAGCAUGGAGCACGGAUUGUCUCUGGACGACAAACACGCCUCCAUCUCCGUCCACUCCUACGAGCAUCAACAGCUGCAGCAACAACACCAGCAACAACAACAACAACAGCAACAUCAAUCUUCGAAUAGUUCGCUGCAGUUGCUCAGCAGUUCUUCGGGCAAUGUGGACAACUCUACGCUGCACUCUUUGUGUCUGGAUGGUGUGACGGGUCUGACGCCCUUUGGCAGCCUCUCCCUGCUCUCCGCCGUAGAACCGAAAUCGCCGCCUCCCUCACUGCUGGUGCUGGACAAGACGCUGCCCUCGCUGAGCAUUGGUGUGGAUGGCAUUGCCGAUCUCGUGGACGACAUGAACGCUGCAGUCCAUCAGCUGCAUCAUGAUGUGAGCGUCGGUAAUGGGCGCGGGGAUGCCAGCAAUGUGCUGUAAAUUAAUGAACGUCCAAGUGAGAAUCGAACGUCUAGUUAAUGUCAUUGUGUGCCUAGUCUUAAAGUUUAUGUGUUAUUUUCUAGUAAAUUUAGUGAGCAAUAUGUUACAAAGAUAAGGGCAAGGAGCCACAAAUUAUAGAAUGAAAAUAAUAACCAAAAAUC